AAACUGCGCGUAAAAUAAAACAAGAUGCGACCUCUAAAUGUGCAUUUAAGAAAUUUUUAAAACAACUGAAGAACUUUUUUUGACAGAUCGAUAACAACAUCCCCGACAACGGGACGCCUGCCGCUAAAUAAUGAAACGAAAUUUUAUUGCAUCUGCUUCUUAGUUAAGCCGAAAAAAAUAAAGACUGAAAAAAAACUUUUAUCGUAGCUCGUAGUUCUGUAAUUAAUUUUAAUAUAUUUAACCGACUGAUUUCUGUUUCCUAUAUAUAUUUAAAUAGACAAUAUAAUUAACAAGGAAUUGACAGUUAAAUAAUAAUAUAAACUAUUAAAUUUAAGUCAGAAUAUAUAAUUUAUUGUGGAGCAAAAAUAUAAGUAGUUACGAAUUUAUGGGUUUGCGUCCGUUACAAAUUAUUCACUUGAUUUAAUGUAACGGUUUUUACAAGUUUUGAAUCUUUCAAAAGUUAAAGAUAAAAUAAAAAUUUUAAAAAUUAAAAAUGCGUCCGGAUUCCCGUAGCGUCUCUUUUACAUUUCACCGUGAGGUUUUGACCGACAAAAAUUCUCCAAGAAUUCCAGCAAAUCGUGGCAAAAAUUUUCGCCAAAGACUUCAAGAUCGAUUUGAUAAAGAAAAACCCGAUGGUAACAACAAAGAUAAAUCUAAAAUUGUUAAAAGUGCUGAUAAAAGUUGGAAUAACAUCAGUCUGAGUACAGUAUCCGCGGACUCACGACGUGUAUUACGAAACGGAGCUGAAAAAUUAUCAAAAACAAUAAUAUCUGUACGAACUACCAUUGGAACUAUUUCCCAGAAAUUCCGGAGUUCAACGAGAAGGAGACAAAUUUUAGAUGAACAGCAAUCGCCCUGUAAUUCUCAGACACCACAGACUUAUUCGCGAACUUUAUUAGGACGUACCCCGACGAAAUUGUACAGCCCAUUUGGUAUUGAAUCACCUAGACGCGCUUGGGGUAAAGAAAAUGAUACCGUUCCAUCGUCAGCGUCAUCGAAAAAUGAAAAUAGUGAAUCGCGACGCCCAUUUCGUUUUAUUAAAAAACGCGGCUUCGCUGCUUUGAGAUAAACUGAUUUUUUUUAAAAACAAAACAUUAUAUCGCUUUGAUACUAUAAUCAAUACGCUGUGUAACUUAUCACAAAUUACACGAAUAAUCUCUUUAGCUUAUGAAAAUUUUCGACCAGUCAUUUAUCAACUAGGUAUCUAUUAAUAUUAUUUAUGAUACACUGUAAAAAAACGGAGUAAGUCCAGGCGGGGUAGGUGUUAAAAUUUUCGGUGUUAAAUUUCAACCCGAAAGUGGUGUUGAAAUAACAUGAUACUGAAGUUAGCAGACGUCUAAUAUUAUUCUGAUCUUUCUUCAGAUGAUAAAAUUUAAAAAAAAAAUAUUUGAAAAAAUCGCACCUGUAGUUUUUAAAAUUUUCUACAUGUGCAAAGUUUUAUUUUAUUUCUUUACAAUUGAUUUGAUGAAAAACAAAAAUUCAAAAAUUUUUAAAUGUUUGCUAACUUCAGGAUCAUUAAAAUAACACCAUCAAAGGUGUAAAUAUUAUUUACCGGUGUUAAAAAUAUUUUACUUUAUGACUAUUGAAAUUUCCUCCAGAUAAUAUUCAUUAAAUUUAUAUAUUUUUUUAUAUGUAAUACAUUUUUUUUCUAAUAUAUAUACGUGCAAUUGUUUUUACACUGAUUUAACACCGGUAUUUCAACACCGCUUUUGAAAAUGUAUUAUUGAUAAUGGUAUCGCUAUUUUUUUACUUUAAUACUAAUUUUUGUACUAUAACACUAUUAAGUAUAAGAUUAAAUCCAGUGAGCACAAAUUUACUUUUAAAAAUUGAAAAAAAU